GUCAGUUGGCCUUUCGCCCCUCUGCACAAUGGUCGAUGCAGAGCACAAUUUAAAAUGUAUUUAUUUGUUUUAUACAUUAAAGUGUAGUAAAACCAUUAAUGCUUGUCGGUUGCAGGAUCGGAUGCAAAUGUUUUAGUAAAUAUUUAAAGCCAAUUAGUUUUGCAUGUCAUUAAAAUUUGUUACAACAUCCGCCUGUUGACGUCCCUACAAUGUAAACAAACAAACGGGAUCCUGCGUUGCUCUGGUUGUGCAGCUAUUUAGUUUAGAAUUCACAAAAAAAACAACAGCUGUUUAGUGAAGUGCAAAACGCUACCUUGUCGGCCGCCAAACAAGUUCCCAGAGCCGGCUAAUCGUAUGGAGCGUCGAGAAUGAACAACGUUUUAUGCAGAUUAUGCUUAAUGAAGUGUGAAGAAUUGUUCGGAAUGUACAUCACCUCACCGAGCGGUGUGCAGCGCAGUCUGUCGAAAAUCAUACGAGAAUGCGUCUCCAUCGAGGUAUCCGAGAUGGAGCCAAGCUAUGUCUCCAAAUUCAUAUGCAACGGGUGCGUCUACAAGCUGGAACAGUUUUACGCCUUUCGGCAGCAGAGUCUCAAGUGUCAGGAGUAUUACAAUGGACUGCUGCAAUAUUAUCAGCAGUCGAUCCCUUGCUCCAGUAAAACUACGUUAGACGCUACGGCAGUAGUAGUGCAGAUGCCGGAGUCCGUCGAUAGCGUAUUCGAAACCCAUCAACAGAUUCAACAGGAUCAGUCGAUCCAUUCGAGCAACGAGCUGGCCGACAUAAACUUUUCCGCAAAUGAGUUUAUGAUGGAUGAGUCGGAAAAGAAUCAGCUCAGCAAGGAUUACGACGAUAUCAUUCGUAGCUUGCAGAAGGAUGACCUCGAUUUUACGACCAACGACGAUGAGCUCGUGAUAAAACAUGAAUUAGAAAUCUCAAUACCGACAAAUGGAGCAAGAAUACUCAAAAACGACUUACUACAGCAGGAAUGCACAAACUAUUUGCAACCUCACGAUGCUGUUCCGAUGAAUGUGGCACAAGCAACGGAACCGAAUGAAAGCUGUUUCAAUGCGUACACUACAAUGGCGGUACCGUGUGGUGAGGAUAUAAUGAAUAGCGGCAGAACACUGCCAGUGGAACAGGAGGAUGACUUAAGUUAUGACGAUUUUGUUGGCAUUCCAACAACAACGCUAGAAGAUCAUCAAGAAAUGUCAUUGUCCGAAGCACACGUGCAGGAAAUAAUCGCGGACGUCUAUAAUGCCACAGCAGAGAAGCAGUUACAAUCAGCUGAAGAACUUCCCUCUCCGCAACAAAUCUCCGGCGACGUACAGUGUAGUGAAAUUUCGGGCCUUCAACCUAGCGAUUCCUAUUUCUCAAUGGUUGACUUUGACGAGUCGGACGCAGCGGGCGUUGCCACCAGCAGCACCACCACUGUGAACGAGGCAAAAGAUUUGCCAAACGAUAAAACGUGCGAGAUUUGCUUUAAGACGUUUCGCACCCGCCAGAAGCUGACGGUGCACAGAAAUACGCACCUGCGGCUGGCACCGUUCAAGUGUACGUUCGAAGGAUGCGCCAAAGCGUUCAAAUCACGCAUCGGGCUCGAUGAGCAUGUGGCUCGGCACACAAACAGCUUCGAAUAUACGUGCGACAUCUGCUCGAAAGGUUUCCAGCACCGCAGCUACCUUUCCGCUCACCGGCGGGCGCACAACACGGAGCGAAACUUCCAGUGUGGACUGUGUGGGCAAUCGUUCAAGGCGAAGCAAGCGCUACUAGAUCACAAAAAUCGACAUCUCGGCGUGAAACCGUUCGCUUGUGAGCAGUGCGACAAGCAGUACACGAAGAACUCGCUGCUGCAGUCGCAUAUUCAGCAACAUCAUGGCAAGCGGGAUGAAGCGAUAACGCGCUAUCCUUGCUCGGAGUGCGGGAAACAGUUCACUUCCAAAAGCUAUCUCAACGUGCACAUGCGAAUACAUCGAAAUGAGCGACCGUUCGUUUGUGAGGUCUGUAAUAAGGGUCACAUUACGCGUAAAGAUCUCGCCGUGCACAUGCUGAGCCACACGGGCGAGAAACCCCACACGUGCGAGUUUUGCGGCAAAGCCUACGCACGACGGAAUGCCUUAGACUGGCAUCGCCGGUCACACACUAAGGAACGUCCUUACAUCUGUGAUAUCUGUGGUCAAACGUUUUCGCAGCCAACACCGUUACAGGUUCACCGGAAGCUACACGAUACAGCAGAUCGUAAAAAGCAGUUGCCCAUCGAGGAACAACAACAACAGUUGGCCACCGAAGCAGCACAAGAUCAAACCCGAUAGUGAUCGGUGGUGUGGUAAAUAAACACGUGUCGGUAAGAGCCAUCAGUUCAGUAUACACACAUCUACAGUAAA